UUUGUGUAUGUUGUAUCACUAAAAUUUCCCUAGCCCAAGUAGUAGGAAUCCAUAUAUGGCAGGUAGUAGUAGGAAUCCACUUGCUGUUGGGCGUGUAAUAGGUGAUGUAAUAGACCCCUUUGAAACUUCUGUUCCUCUUCGAGUCACCUAUGGUAAUAGGGAAGUGAAUAAUGGUUGUGAGCUUAAACCUUCUCAUGUUGCAAAUCAACCCAGAGUGAGUGUUGGUGGAAACGACCUCAGGAACAUCUACACCCUAGUUUUGGUGGAUCCUGAUUCACCUAGCCCAAGUAACCCCACUUUUAGGGAGUACCUUCAUUGGAUGGUGACUGACAUUCCAGCAACUACUGAGGUCAGUUUCGGUAAUGAGGUUGUAAGCUAUGAAAGGCCACGACCCACUUCUGGGAUCCAUCGUUUUGUGUUUGUAUUAUUUCGUCAACAGUGUAGACAAAGGGUUUAUGCUCCAGGAUGGAGACAAAAUUUCAAUACAAGAGAAUUUGCUGAACUCUACAAUCUUGGAGCACCUGUUGCUGCUGUAUUCUUCAACUGUCAGAGGGAGAGUGGCUCUGGUGGAAGAACCUUUAGAUAAUUACAUGAGUGAACUAUAUGAAAAUUAAGAUUAAAGUGGAAGCUUAUAGUUCUGGUCUUAGUAUCACAGUCAGUUUGACAAAAUCCCUGUGAGUUUAUAAAAUCUACAUUUAAUAGUUUCUACAAAAUUGUGGUGUUACCAUAAUUUUGUCGAAUAUAUACUUGGUUGGUUAGUUAAUAGCAACUAAAUAGUGCAACCCAAAAUAAAGGUUAUUUAUAUACACAUUAUACACACGCCAAAUACACAUACACAAUUGUAACGGAAAAAAACACCAUUUAUACAAUGUGUGUCGUUUUAUGUUUGUGUAUGUAUAUCUAUUGUAUGUAUUGUAUUGUAUUGUAUUGUAUGUAUAUCAUCAAUAAAGAGCUCCCCACUACCCAUUGCUAUA